CUUCCGGGUUCUGACGAGAGACGUGUUGUGUUGUCAUAUUUGAGGAAGAUGUCAGCGCACGACCACCUGUCUCUCUGUCUGUGCGAUUUAAUUAGGUUACUGUGGUCACUGCUGUUACCAUGCUUCUAUCUGAGUCUUGUCCUGACAGCCAUCCUCUUCCUCUUCAUCAUGGGAGUGAGGACCUUGCUGCAGAUGAAGAGGAAGAGCAGGAGAGCUCAGGACGGCCGGCCCGCCGUGGCCUUCUUCCACCCAUACUGCAAUGCAGGGGGAGGAGGAGAGAGAGUGCUGUGGUGUGCUUUACGUGCUCUUCAAAACAGGUACCAAGAUGUUUCCUUCGUGGUUUACACAGGUGAUCAGGGCGUGACAGCAGAAGAGAUUUUAGAUGGAGCGUGGCAGCGCUUCAACAUCAGACUCCCCCGAGCCGUUAAGUUUAUGUUCCUGAAACAUCGUCUCCUGGUGGAGGCAAAACUGUACCCACACUUCACCCUUCUGGGGCAGAGCGUGGGCUCCAUCUUCCUGGGGUGGGAGGCCUUGACUGAGUUUGUUCCAGACCUCUACAUUGACUCAAUGGGCUAUGCCUUCACCCUGCCUGUAUUCCGUUAUCUGGGUGGUUGUCAUGUGGGAAGCUAUGUGCACUACCCAACCAUCAGCACUGAUAUGCUCUCAGUGGUUCGAGAAAGAAACCCAAGGUUCAAUAAUGCAGACUACAUCUCCAGUAACCCUGUACUGAGUGCCAUCAAAGUGGUUUACUACUGUGUCUUCGCGCUGCUGUACGGCCUGGCCGGCUCCUGUAGUGACGUAGUCAUGGUAAAUUCCACCUGGACGUUAGGUCACAUUCUGGCUCUGUGGCGCGCUCCGAACCGCACCAGUGUGGUCUAUCCACCAUGUGACGUUCAGGCCUUCCUGGAUGUCCCUAUUAGGGACGAGGAUGAAGAGAAAGAGAGAAAGAAGUGUCACUCUGUGGUCUCCGUGGGUCAGUUCCGGCCUGAAAAAGACCAUCGGCUGCAGAUCAAGGCUUUUAGAAAGCUUCUGGACAGGAAGGGGGUGGAGCCUGCUGGGCGAGAGACCGUGAAGCUGGUGUUGAUUGGUGGAUGUCGUAACCAGGAAGAUGAAGAGAGGGUACAGAUGCUGCGGGGAUUGUGUCUGGAUCUGGAUGUGGCAGAUAGGGUGGAGUUUAAACUCAAUAUCUCAUUUGAGGAACUGAAGAAAGAUUUAACAGAUGCCACGAUCGGGUUGCACACAAUGUGGAAUGAACAUUUCGGUAUUGGUGUAGUGGAGUGUAUGGCUGCAGGAACAAUCAUUCUGGCUCACAAAUCCGGUGGUCCGAAGUUGGACAUUGUAGUUCCCUAUGAUGGUGGUCCAACUGGCUUCCUGGCAGACGAUGAAGACAGUUAUGCAGACGCCAUGGAACGAAUCCUUUCUAUGACUCCUGCAGCUCAGUUAGAGAUCCGACGCCGGGCGCGUCUGUCUGUCACCCGCUUCUCAGACCAGGAGUUUGAAGGCUCAUUUCUUGCAGCUGUGGAGCCUCUAAUGUCAACACUAAGACUGUGAGUGAUAGAGGAGGGGUAUAUGGUGACUGAAUAUAGUGAAUCAGCCCGAUAUAGUCCAGUCUAGUUCACAAGCGUGUGCUGGCCCCGUAAUGCCGACUCCAAAUCAUUCCUUGUCUAGAGCAGAAGUGAGCACUACCUGUCUUGUGAAGAUUUGCUCUUUAAGUAACAUCACUAAGGUAAGGGAUGCAUCAUGGGAAUGCAGGUUCUGUUGAGAUGCCACCUUUUGCUUUAAUUUAAUGACAAGCAUGACACCGAAUGACAGAUUUCUGCAAAUGAACAGAAAGCAGUAGAUUUUGUUUAAUUUAAAAGCAAACACGUGCAGUUUUGUCUUUAUAUCCAUUAUAUGUACAUUAUAUAUGAUAGUGUAUAAUAGACUUUUUUUGUUUUAUUGUAACAGGUUUCAGAGAGUUACACAACAAGACUAAAAUGUAUGAAAAAAGUGAUAUUUCUCUUGGAAGAUUCAAACAUUAUACCAGUGCUUUAUGUUUUUUUUUUUUUUUCAAACAAUAAAUGAGUGGUGGUCUGGAAAUAUAAACAAGAUGUUUGUCCUGUUUGUUGGAAAAUAGUUUGUAUUCACUAUUACCACAUCAUUUUUAGUAGCAAUAUUUCCAUGCAAUUAUUACCAUUUACUGUUAUUAUAUUGAAAAGUUGUGCACAAUUCUCAUUUUUGUCACAUACAGCUGUUCAAACCUUUUACACCAUUAACCAACCUCCGGUAACAGAUAAGAACUCUUUUUACAUUAUAACUGCUGUAUACAGAAAAGCUGUCCCAGGAGCACAGAUUCUGGGAAAGGGAAGCAGUGUUUGUAGAUAGGAAUAGUGCGAGAGAGGCCAAAUUAAAAAGUGCAUAGUAUCUGGGAAAAGAGGAGGGAACUGAGAGGGC